GGCCAUCUUUGCUACUGGCAGAAACUGGCUCUAUUUGGUUCCUAGUUUGUUAUUGGGUGUUUAUUGGAGCCUUGAAAUGAUUAGCGGAGCAGGAGAGUGUUGGUGGAACUUCCAUCAGGGAGGAUGUUAAAGGUAUACGAUGGGAAAGAGAGAAGGGAGGAGCGCUAUUUGUAAAUAAAUCCAUCGGAACUGUCGUGCGGGCUGGGGCGGUCCGUGGGGACCAGGUUGAGUGCAACAGCGGAAGCAGAAAGAGAGGGGUCGCACUGGAGCUCAGCGUCGUCAUGGAAACGUCCGAUGGAGGGGAUGCCUCCACUGAUGAUGAGAGGGCAGCUCCGAGGGACCGGAACGCGCUGGAUCAAAGGACCUACUGGAGAAACCUCAGCGGAUUCUGGAUUCUCGGCCUCUGUAACAACUUCUCCUACGUAAUCAUGUUGAGUGCUGCCCACGAUAUUCUCUCCACGCAGGAGGGUACAAACACUACUGGACCGACUCCCCCACCCAACAGCACCCAGGGGCCCAAUGCCUCUGUCCCAGGGGGCGGAAGGAGUAGCGGUGGACGUUUUGACUGUAACCCCAUCUCCACUGCGGCAAUUCUCCUCGCUGACAUCCUGCCCACCUUAAUUAUCAAGCUCAUCAGCCCCUUCCUCAUUCACCUCCUGCCCUACGGGUGCCGUGUGUUGUUCUUGGUCUCAGCCGUCACCAGCUUUAUUGUCGUCUCCUUCUCCGUCGUGACGUGGAUCAGCCUCCUGGGUGAGAAAUCCCCUCUCCACAUCCUGUCCGGAUCCCGCCCUCCCCGUCUGAAUCCUCCUUCCCCUCCCUGUCUGAAUCCCCACUUCUCGCCUGUCCUCCGAACAAGUGUGACGGUUGAUGUGCAUUCGACACUAAUGGAGUCUCUACCACUUCGCCAGUUUGAACUCCUGUAUUUCCCGACCUGCUUCCUGAGUCACAGCGCUCAGUACAGGUGGUAUCAGACAAUAUACCAGGCUGGUGUGUUUGUAUCAAGAUCAUCUGCAAAAUGCUUUCGAAUUCAUCGUAUCUGGAUUCCCGCAGUCUUACAGUUUGUGAAUUUGUUUUUCCUGCUCUCCGUGGUUUGGUUUUCAUAUCUGCCAACGAUCUGGAUUGUGUUCGUCAUUAUCCUGUACGAGGGUCUGCUUGGAGGAGCAGGAUAUGUGAACACCUUCAACAACAUUACUGAGGAGACCAGUGACCGGGAGCGAGAAUUUGCUAUGGGAGCAGCCAGCAUCGCGGACACGAUGGGAAUUGCCAUUUCUGGCGCAGUUGCUCUCCCCUUCCACGACUGGCUGUGCCGACUUGGCUGACACUCACACCCCAGCCCCUCUGGCUCUCUCCCCUCCUCCCUCUACAUCUGCUCUACCCCAUUCUCCUGGGCUGGUUACUCAGGGACUGCUCAUGGGUGGGCUUUAGUGUUUCAUCUCGUCCAUGUCUCUCUGAACCUUUGCUGGCCACGUACCUGUCUGAGUGCCUGACUCAGCCACUUCCUCUGGCAGCUCGCUCCAUCAGCUGGUGGGUGAAAAAGCUGCCCAAGGGGCCUUAUUAAAUCUUUCCCCUCUCAUCUUAAACCUCUAUCCUCUGGUUCUUAAUUCCACAGCCCUGGGGGAAAAGACUAUGUGCAUUCACCCUGUCUGUGCCCCUCAUGGUUUUAUGCACGUAAGUUCACCUCUCAGUCUCCUACACUCCAGGGCGUAAAGUCCCAACCUGCCCAACCAUCUCCAUAACCCAGUCCCUCGAGUCCUGGAAGCACCCUCGUAAAUCCCCUCUGCAUUCUUUCCAGCUUCACGGCAUCUUCCUCGUAGCAGAGUUGCCAAAAGUCAACACAGUAGUCCAAGGCAACAUACACAGAGUGCUGGAGCAGCUGAGCGGGGGUCGACUGCUCAUCGGGACUCCCAGGUGUGGUCUCACCAAUGUCUUGUACAACUGCAACAUAACGUACCAGCCCUGACUGAUGAAGGCCAGCAUGCCAAAUGUCACCUUCUUCACCCUGUCUACCCGUCACUCCAAUGUUGGGGAACCUGGGUGCUCUGGAGACGGUGGAAUGGAUAAUGAGUCUGGUUUAUUAUCACUGACGUGCUGUGAAAUUCGUUGUUUUGUGCAAUACAAACAAAACACUCUAAUAAAGAAACAAACAGUGCAAGC